AUGGAUGCUCGCGAGCGUCUCAAGAUGCUCCUGGAAGGAGACGAGGGUCUCCGAGACUUGAAUACCCACCUGAACCAGGCUAAAGCCGUCCAAACUGCCGAAAGUGCGGAUGGAGCCGAUCCGGUUGCUGAGUCAAAAGCUAAGCAAGGCGUAAGUGGAUAUGCUCUCCCAGUCGAUUUCAAGCCGGAGGAGGGUAUGGAGUACCCCGAGGGUGGCCAAUUUCCUUUGUCGUACAUUCGUACCCAUGUGGUUGGGCAGCUAGCUGAGUCGGAAGACAAGCUUUUGACCAAGCUCAAGCAGGAUGGCCGUCCCCACCGUCGUACUCCGAAGAUGCGCCUUAAUCUCUCGGUCCCGCCCAAAGAUGAGCGCGGCGGUAAUUCUGACAUCGAUUCCGACGAGGAGCUGGUGACUGCGAUCCCGAUUUCCAAGUUGUUCACGCCGGCCGUCACGAUGGCUCGCUUCCCUUUCAAAUAUCUGCACGGAGAUGAUGCCAAGAGAGUUGAUCAACGAUUCUAUGAAGGCGAUAAGUUCUGGAAUCGGACCUGGGAUCUGUACUAUCUGUCUGUCCCGAGGGUUAUCUCUCACACCCCAUUUCUUUUGAUUCCCACUUUCCAAGCUCAAGCACUGCUCGAUGAGAUCAAUUCGGCUCUGAACAUCAAUUUGACUCUCACGGGCGUUGGCAAGGAAGGCCUCGUGAUUGAAAUCGACAAUGAAAAACUGCCGCGACCUGUGUACCUUGGCCGAAGCAGAACUCGUGAUCGGAAGGCGAAAUUGGAGAGUAAGGUUCCUUCGCCGCCGGAGAACUGGGGACCCUGGGCACAGCUGGUUGAGCCCCAUGUUUUCGAGGACUUUCAGAAGAAAAUCAAACAGUCUCUCGCCACAAUCAAGACCAAGAAGAGCGCCCAGAAGCAGGCGGCCCGAGAUGCCCGAACGAAGAAGUUGCAGGAGUGCCUAGGUCGUGCGCAAGCCUACUUUGGGCUGCGUCCUGCGUUGCAGCCAAAUGGUACACAGCCGUCGUUUGCCAAUGGCCAGGUCCAAGCAAUUGACGUUCUAAAGCCUGUCAAAUGGGCCUUUCAAGAUGCCCCCAUUUUUAUCAGCGUUGAUCUCGAGUGGAUGGACCGUUACGGCAUUCUGACCGAGGUCGGAAUUUCGACCCUGGAUAUGUUGGAUUUGGAAGGCGUGGUCCCUGGCGACUAUGGAAACAUGUGGCUGAAACAAAUUCGAACCCGCCACCUGCGUGUGAAGGAGUACCGAAACUGGGUCAACGAGACCUACACCGUCGGAUGUCCUGGUAGCUUCCGAUUCGGCAAGAGUGAGAUAAUGCCCAGCGCCGAAAUCGGGAACGUUGUAGAUGCUGCGUUCCAUCCCCCAUACAUGGUUCCCUCAAAGGAAGAAAAGAUUGCCCCAUACAAGAAGCAGAAGCGCACUGUGAUCUUGGUCGGUCUCGACCUUCACGGUGACAUCGCGCAUCUCCAGAGAGCGGGAAGCCAAGUUUUUGUCAAUCUGAAGGAAACCUCUUCAGUCAUUCGUGAAAUCGUCGACGUGGCAGAGCUGUACCGCGUUAAUUAUGAGGAGAACCAGACGCGAGGCCUCCAGGCACUGCUAGGAUUACUGAAUAUCUUGAGUCCUGACUUGCACAAUGCCGGGAAUGACGCACACUACACCUUGCAAGCUCUUGUGCGAUUGAUGCUGAGAGUAGCCGGAGAGAAGCCGUGGGGAUAUGAGAGUGCUGAAGUCGGUAACAAGGAGUCCAAUGUUAAGCCCGACGAUCAGCGGAACCAUAAGCCCGAUGUCACGGUCGAUCCCAAGGAUCGAGGCAAGGAUAAGCGCGACGUGCCCAUGUCUAAAUUCAUGGCUGCAAUGUGUGAACAAGUUGACGACAAGACCGACGAAGACCCCGUUUGGAGUCAUUAA